AUGAAGCCGGGCCAGCGGGACGAAGCGCUCAAUGGCGGCAGCCAGUCCAGGUCGCGGCCACAAGUCAUCCAGCGGAGGGCGAGCCGGCAGGCUUCUUCGCAGGAUCGCCAUGGCAGGAUGUUCGAGGAACAUGAACAGAGAACGAUCCGUGCGGCCACUCCCGAUUCGGCGGCCUACACCACAUUCAAUAACGAUUCUACUGACGGUAGUCAAGUCCAUUCUCCCGUUCUCCCCUCGACGCGAACCAGAAACCCCCAAAGACGCCGUGAGACCUCCACUUCGAUCUCGAAUACUGAUGAAGAAAGCACAAUCGAUAGGAGGAGGAGAAGGGCACAGACAAGAACAAACACAAAAGAUGAUGCCCCUUCGGAUGCCUCUCCAGGCUCUUUUAUAACAAAAACCCGCAAGAGACUUGGGUCGAUAGCGACAAGUCCUUCGCUGGUUCAACGUCAGGACGAGGACUACGGGUCAAUUGGUUUUCCUUCGGUGGUCCGGGGUUCAGACGCCCUGGAACAUACCGAUUCGCAGAAUCCUCCGAAGACACCGCGCCGACCAUUUUCGCCGAACGAGAUGUUUGGUUCAGCAGGAGGGCUUCGGUCGCCCAAGUUACUUGAUAUCGACUCGGCUCGGAUCUUGCACCUGAUGAAAACUACGUGCGGAAGAAUGCACGGUAUCUUGUUCUUCCGGCCACUACAUACCUCUGCCUGGGCUUCAGGCUACUGUGCCAUCAACGUUGCGCCAGGAAGUCUAGUUUGUCAGACGAAAGGUGAAGUGUCGCAGUUUACGGUCUUGAUCUCCGAUCUCAGAGGGUGUACGGUGCGGACACAUUACGACUAUGAAACCCAGAGUACAUAUCUCAGUGUUUUGGUUGCUUCCUCAACAACAGGUUAUCAGCUUCGACCCCCUGUGCCAGAGACGUUUGAUUCAUGGCUCGCAGCGCUUCUGUGCUGGCAACCCUUGCGACCCAAGGGCAUUCACAACAAAAUGACCAAACCCCAACCUGUCAGCCUACCCGACGAGAAGUCGGUAUCGCAACGCAGGUUGUCAGGCAUGAGCGGUGUCAAAAGUACGGCGAUUGUUAAAGUUGGGAAGAUGCUUCUGUGGGACGGUCCGCUGCCUUCAGGUUCGCAACUGGUGUCAUCGCCUAAUAGCCUCGGUCGAUCCAUGACCGAAGACAACUACCACUGGCGAAGGGUGAACUGUACUUUACAUGAGAACGGCACUUUCAGAAUCCUGGUUGACUCAGAGCCUACAGUGCUCUGCGUGACGCAUCUAUCUGAGCUCUCCCGCAGUGCUGUGCAAAGGCUCGAUGAAAGCGUGCUCCGUAUGCCAUACUGUCUAGCGGUGUGUCCGCAAUAUCGAACCCAGCCGUCGUCUGCGAGGUUUUCGAGGCCUAUGGUGAUGUGCUUAGAGUCGAACACUGCUCUUGAGGCUUGGUAUGUUCUUCUUCGAGCGUUCACUGUGCCAGAAUUGUAUGGGCCAGAACGGGCUCUAGAAGUUGGUCAAUCGGCAUCUUCUCUGGAGUCCAGAAAUGCAACUCCGCAGUCAGGGCAAAGCAUGUUCCGAAUUGAGCGUUCGCUCUCCGUGAAAAUAACCGAAGCAAAGUUUGCUCAGCAGUUCACGGCGCAGAUUCCUCACGAACAACAUAAGCACAAAACGAGGCGUGCAAAGGAAGACCAUCCAAAAGAAGAAGGAGUGUAUGCCGAAGUCAUGCUCGGGAACGAUCUGCGUGCCCGUACAACCACCAAGACCAAUCUGACAGCAGCUUUCUGGGCAGAGGAAUUCAACCUGGAAGACAUUCCACCGUCUGUGUCAAACAUCACGAUUGCUGUCAAAUUUGGGAACCCUGCCGAAAAAGAAUGGACCAUGGUAGCUGACACUCUUUACGACAUCUCUGCGGACGCCGGCUAUCUGUCUGGCGUUGGCGGUCUUGAGAUCUCCUCCCAUGAUCCUGUAUUCGGACGGCUUGACGUACCUUUGGACGACCUGGAGAACCAGACACCAGUCGAUAAGUGGUGGCCACUGCUUGACAAUAAUGACCAUUCUGUCGGCACACUCUUGGUGAGGUUCUCUCUCCAGGAGGCGGUGGUAUUAAUGGAGGAUGAGUACAAAGAACUUGCAGCUGUCCUGGAAAAUUUUGCAAAUGGCCUGACGACGCAGAUCUCCCGAGCACUAGGACCAGAUUUACGGCAGCUAUCUGACAUCUUGCUAGACAUUUUUCAGGCGUUGGGAAGUGCCAACGACUGGCUCGCCAGCCUUAUUGAGGAAGAGAUCGAUGGCGUAUAUCGAGAGACUCCGCCGACGCGUAUGAGAUUUAGCGGUCGGAUCCAUUCGAACGACUCCUACGAAUCUGCUGAGCAACGUGAAAUGCUUGUGAGAGAUCUAAGUCGAUCAGCCACUAUGGAAGCCAAUUUGCUUUUCCGGGGCAAUUCCCUUGUGACGAAGGCCCUUGACGCUCAUAUGCGCCGACUAGGCAAGGAGUACCUAGAGGAAGUUCUCGGUGAAAAGCUGCGUAAAAUUGUCGAACGCGAUCCGGACUGCGAGGUUGACCCUACCAGGGUCAGAUCAAACGAGCACUUAGAAAAGAAUUGGGCCAACCUUAUCUUCCUGACCAGCACCAUUUGGAAAUCAAUACGUGACUCAGUAGCAAGCUGUCCAUUGCCACUGCGAUUUAUAUUCAGACAUGUCCGCUCUUGCGCCGAGGAUCGCUACGGACCUUUUAUUCGAACCGUCAGAUUCACCAGCGUUUCUGGCUUUCUGUUCCUUCGUUUCUUUUGCCCGGCGAUUUUGAAUCCCAAAUUGUUCGGUUUGAUUAACGACCUUCCUCCUGAUCGCACCAAACGCACCUUUACUUUGAUCGCCAAGUCCUUGAACGCGCUUGGAGCCGGGGGCAGAUUUGGUACCAAAGAACCCUGGAUGGAACCUAUGAACAAGUUCCUGGUUGCCUCUGCGGCCGAAUGUCGAAACUUCAUUGAUGACAUCUGUGCUGUUAACGCAUCCCAGAUGGCUUCUGUCACUCUGGAGCCUCAAUUUGCAGCUCCAAAACAAAUAAGAAGUCGGCUGCCACCACUGUCUCGAGAAGGACUACCCAGCUUGCCAUAUUUGCUCGACUACCCAAAAUUGUUGGCACAACUAGCUGAUCUGUGGGUCUCACACAUUCCAGAGAAUAUCAAUGAGGCCAGCGCCGAUGAUCCUAUCCGCGUCUUCCACGCCUUGUGUCUCGAGCUUUCCGCGAAGAGCAAGGAAUGUCUCAAAGCUGCGGAGCAGGCUGAACGACCUAGCGAAAGGUCCCAGCCUUCUUGGGAGAGGCUUGUGUACGAUCAACAAAAGGAAACGUCGUCUAGCAACAUGUUUGGAGCACCAAUUGUCAAGCCUCGGACGAGCGCCGAGCUUACAGCUCUACCGCAAACGGCUGAUACUGUCACAAAUUUUGAGUAUAAGCAUGCUGAAACCUCACCUAAUGUCGGUGAGGGCGAUACCACGCCAUCCAGUUUAGCAUCCAUCGCAUGGGAUCGGCGAAUCCCUUUUCCCCAAAGAGCGACAGAUGCUCGGGCAAUGACAAAUUCUACGAACUCCUCAACAGCAUCGGUCGAUUUCUCCGAAGAGAAUCGGACUCGAGUGUUACCGGGCAGCCGUGAUGGCUCCAGUAAGAAUCGGUUAUUCGAAUUGAUGAGUUCUUCAUCACGAAAGAAGGCCAAAGCCAGCGAUAGGCCACAUGACGAGGCACAUGAGAUCUGA